AUUCAACAGUGUUGGCAUACGUCUUAAAAACAUUGAAUGCAAGAUAUGAUUAUGGCUUGGAAUUGAUUCUGUUGUCUGUUGAUGAAGGGAUCACAGGCUACAGAGAUGAUUCAUUAGAGGUAGUAAUUAGGGAUAUAUGUGUACUUUUGAAUACUCAAUGUGAAAAUUAUAUUUGUUAGUUAUUGACAAAAGAUGAUCUUAAUAAUGAUAGCACUUACACAGUUCAGUUUCUCCUUACGACCACUUCUCUAAUACAGAUACCUCUCUAAUAUGGACAUCCAUCUAAUAUAAACUUCUCUCCAGUAUAUCAGAUACCUUACUAGUAUGUACACCUCAGUCUUUAAUAGGGACACCUCUCUAAUACAGACCAUAUUUCUAAUAAGCACGCCCCUCUUACAUUAAUGCCUCUCUAAUACAGGCUCCUAUCUUAUUCAUAUGGACUAAUGGAUACUUCUCAAAUGUGGACAUUUUCCUGUGUUGAGACAAUAUUCUGACAUAUUCUCUUAAAAAUUAACUUCUGAGUGGGGUACCCAAUAAAGGAUGAGCCUCACAGCUUCCCUCAGUUAUGACUUCAUAGGGGGCCUCAUGGGAAAGUUUUGCCCCAUGCCCCAUGCAACCUCUCAGCAACCUGAUUAUGAGGUAUGAUUAUGAGGUAUUAGACUGCAAUCAUAAAUCACGAUAUAUUUGUUACAGACCGUGAAACGAAACAAAGAGCAAUAUCAACUGCCUUUAAAAGUCGUCUCCUACCAGGUAAUGUGUACAGCAAUAUGGCUAAAACUCUCUGACCCACAAAUAUUCAUUUGAUUCUACAUUAUAUAUAUUUAGCAAACCUAUUUUUACUGAGCUAUAUUUUUUGCAUAGGAACUUUAUGGCUGGACCAUGGAUGACAUUGUUAAACAAAUUGGAUUAAAAAAUAAUUGUAAGACUGUUUAAAAUUUUGCAAAUUGUUUCUUUCAAUCGUUUCUAUUUAGCAAAUUAAUAUUAUUUCAUUCUUAAUAUUGAUGGUAACAUAGGUACAUUUUGUGGUGUGUUUCGGAGACAGGCGUUGGAUCGUGGUGCCAUGUUGUUAAAAGUUGAUAAGAUUGUUACAGGUUUGUGAUUAGGCUGUUAGUGUAUGUUUUUAGCCUCUGUAAUAUACUACAUGCUUUGCAAUUUCAUGAUUCAAGAUUUCAAGGGCAACUCCCUCAAUAUACUGAAUGGUUUUUCCAUUUGGAAAUUACUAUCAUUGCUGUGAAAAAUGGAACCACAGGGCAGGAAUUGAACAUGGAUUACUGUGCAAUUAUAUUCCAGUUCUAUGACCACUGAGCUACAAAGUCUGGUUGCCGAACAUUGAUCACAAGUUCUUGUAUAUGCCGAUUUUGACCAGUUAUUUUGCAUGCGAAGAGUGAUAUUUUGGUUACGGUGUAUUUCAGGUCAUAAUGCAGACGAUAUUGCUGAAACAGUCAUUAUGAACAGUAAGUAUUUUUCUCUAUUGAAAUUAUACAUAUAUUGAAACAUUCAGAAAAUGCAGCAGUUAAUGAAAGUGUUUUAUAAAGGUCUUGCAUUAUCAAUGUUUCUUUCAAUCGGUAGUUUUACGUGGUGACAUCGCCAGACUACAGAGAUGUACAGCUAUCACAACGGUAUGUUAUCUCAAUAUAUAAAGUAUUCAUUCAAUUACUAAUCAAAAUAUAUCCUGCCUCAUUUCUCCCUCAAAGUUUUAUUAAUAUAUCUUUCCCAAAUCUGGGACAGUCGUGCACAUGUCCACAUAAUUGCCGCUACGUUAAUUAGCCAUUCCGAAGUUGAUGAGUGGACUGGGGGCGAGUGUUAAAAAGUGCCUAUAAAUUAAGAACCAAAUCACUAAAAAGACCACCUCAAAAUUAGUAAGUAUACAAAGUUUGAAGACGUUUACAUGAAUACCCUUCGAAUAACAAGCUUUCGAAAAUUGUGAAAUUUUCUGAUUAAAAGAUUGUUUUUGGGAUGCACGUCCCAAAAACAAAAAUUACAAUACAUUUCAUAGUAAAUAUGACAAUUUUCGAAAGCUUAUUAUUCGAAGGGUAUUCGUGUAAACGUCUUCAAAUUUUGUACACUUACUAAUUUUGAGGUGGUCUUUUUAGUGAUUGGAUUCAUUUCUUAAAAUUUGGGCGCUUUUUAACACUCGUCCCCAGUCCUCUCAUCAACUUCGGAAUAGCUAAUCAUGAGAGGUCAUAGAAGUUCUAUCUGACGUUAUAGUACAUAACGUAUGGUCUGAUACAGUAGAUUGUUACUGCUGUAGGGAACUGAAGGAGCCAUACCAAGAUGCAAGCCUUUGAAAUAUGCCUACGAGAAAGAAAUUGUCAUGUAAGUAAUUCACAUUUAGUGAAAUGUUCAACUUUUUAUUGCCGAAGCUUUUUGCCCCUAAUUUGCUUAAUUCAUAGCCUAAAGGCUUUCAGAAAUUAUUUUGGGCAGGGGCAUCCCUUGGUGUUAGGAAGCUAAUUUUUUGAAGUGACAUCAUCACUAACAUGUUUCUUUAAUUUCUAGGUAUGCGUAUUUUAAAAAGUUGGAUUACUUUUCAACCGAAUGUAUAUAUUCUCCCAAUGCAUACAGGUAAUAAUACUCUUAUACUGUAAUAUAUACAAGAUGAGCAGACGUGUUGUAUUUUCUUGACCACGGUGGGAAUCGAACCCAAAAACUUUGGUUCGCUAAUAGCACGGUUGCAUGGUAGAACAUUGGACUAGCAAAGUUUGUGGGUUCGAUCCCCACUGCGGUCAAGCAAACUUUUCAGCUUACCCGGUAUGGACACAAUCGGAGCAACAUCUCAAACAUAUAUCUUCACAACACCAGAAAUAAAAAUUCAAGAUCUUGUUCUCUUUCAAUCGUACAGAGGCUAUGCUCGAACAUACUUAAAAGAUUUGGAAAAGAUAAGGCCAAGUUCUAUUAUAG